CUACCACUUUUGAAGUCAUUUGUCAGGCCCGGUCUCUCUAGGCAGAGAGGUGUAGCAUCUAGCCCGUAGGUGCAGCGGCGCACCGCAGAUUCCGAAGCCUAGGGGCGAGCCACUAACUCGGCUUAGAUUCCACGGUGCAGCGGUCGUUAUCCGUCCCUAUCUGUCCUUAUCCGUCCCCAGCCGUCGUUAGCGUCGUUUAUCCCCAUACAGCUACAGGUUCCUGUUAGCUUGAACUGUGGUCGCCACGCUACACGAUAUUCGCUAUCUUUUUUUUCCAGAUUUUAUAUCUGUGAUUGCGCUUGAUAUGGCUGGUGUUGACAACGACCAAUCCUCCGCUGCCGCCGCUACCGUCGCCGCUGACGCGAAGCCCGCUUCGGAUAGCUCUCAGGCUGCAGCUUCGGAGACCAAAGCAGCGCCGGCGGCCGUGAGCCUGAGGCCGGGGGGUGGCGCUCUGGGGGGAGGGCUGUCGCUGCGCCCGGGAGGAGGCAAGCCGUCGGGGCUCUACGUGCGCCCCGGGGCAGAUGGCUCCAGCGCCCAGGACGAUGGCCCCAAGGGCCCUCGCGUCAAGUACUCGAGGGACGAGCUUCUCGCGUACCGUGAGAAGUGCGUGGACGUGCCGCCCGAGAUUCUGAACACCGGGGGCGACAUCAUCGCGUCGUCGUCUGGCCGCUCCUCGUCUGCAGCGGCGGAGCCCGACUGGUCCUCGCGCCGGUCGAGCGCGCCUCCUCCCUCGCAGCCCAAUGCGGGCCAGCAGGCGCGCGCACCCGAUGUCCCGGACAACCGCGACUGGCGGGCGCGGCAAUCCCUUCCCCCCCAGGAGGAGCGCGAGCGCGGACGCGGGGGUGGGGGCGGACGGGGAGGCGGGGGCGGCCGCGGCGGUGGUGGCGGAGAGCGCGACUGGCAGAGCCGCGGAGAGCAGGGGGGGCAGCAGGGGCAGCAGCAGGGGCAGCAAGGACAAGCGGGAGGGGCUGCUGGCAAUGACGGCCCUGCGGUGGCCAUAGUGAAGGCGGCCAAUCCGUGGAUGCCACGUCGCGGAGCUGUGGACGAGAAGGAGAAGGUUCUUCGUACCGUCAAGGGUAUUCUGAACAAGCUGACCCCGGAGAAGUUCGACGUGCUGCUGCAGCAGAUGCUGGACUCGGGCAUCACCUCUGCUGAGCGCCUGCAGGAGGUGAUCUCGCUCAUCUUCGACAAGGCCGUGGACGAGCCCACGUUCUGCCCCAUGUACGCGGAGCUGUGCGACAAGCUCUCGCACGCGCUGCCUCAGUUCCCCGGGCCUGAAGGGUCGGAUAAGCCUGUGACCUUCAGGAGGAUUCUGCUCAAUACCUGCCAGGAGGAGUUCGAGCAGGCGCUGAAACUCAGGCAGGAGCUCAAGGGACUGACCAAGGCUGAGCAGGCGGCGGAGAGGGAGGACGUGCAGAGGAGGGUGAAGGCGCGCACGCAGGGCAACAUCCGGCUGAUCGGAGAGCUGUACAAGCAGAAGAUGAUUCCCGAGAAGAUCGUGCACGCAUGCGCGCAGGAGCUGCAAGGCGACAGCAAGACGGAGCCCCCGGAGGAGAACAUCGAAGCCCUCUGCCAGCUGCUGUCCACCGCGGGGCGCGGCAUGGAGGAGAAGGCCGGCAAGGCCAACCCCGUGCUGCUCAACGCUUACUUCGAGCGCCUCAAGACGCUCUCGCGCUCGCCCACGCUGCCCUCGCGUAUCCGCUUCAUGUGCCGGGAUUUGGUUGACAUGCGCUCCAAUAACUGGGUGCCACGUAGGAAGGAGCUGACUGCUAAGAAAUUGGACCAGAUCCACGCCGAAGCUGAGGCCACGCUCGGGCUGAGGAAGGGCGCUGCGUCGCUCAGGGUUGGCGCAGCCUCGGGAGGGAUCGGCGGAGGUCCGGGAGGCAUGAUGCUCCCGGGAGGCCCUGGGUGGCCCGGAGGCCCGGGAAUGCCUGGCAUGCCGGGUGGCUUGGUGGCAGGUAUGGUGCCACCUGUGGAUCUGGAUGGGUGGGAGACGGUUUCUAUCAGCAGGCGCGGGAAGAAGGACACCGCCGGAGCUGCUGGACAGGCUCGGCAGGGAGCUGCUGCAGCAGGUUCGGUACCGAUCCUGGGUCCAGGCAUGGGGCUUAAGAUGGGCCCAGGGAUGGGUCCGGGAAUGGGAGGCUCGUCGGCGUUUAUCGGCAAGCCGAGCGCUCUGAUUGGUGCCAAGCCUGCUCCGGUCAGACCAGCCGAACCUGCGCCGCCCAAGCCUGCUGCACCGGUGGCCGCCGCCGCUGCUAGCAAUGGCCCGGCAGCAGCAGCAGCAGCAGCGAAGCCAGCAGCAGCUGCUGCUGCUGUAUCGGGCACGUGGGACGAUGUGGCGAAGCGGAAGUCGGAGUCGCUCCUUAAGGAGUUCUUUGCAGUGUUGGAUCUCAAGGAGGCUCAGCUCUGUAUGGAGGAGCUCGGCUCCCAGAAAUCCCACGAGGUCUCGUCGCGAUUCGUCGAAUUCGCGGCGAAUUUCGCCCUGGAGGGCGGCAAGGAGAAGGAGUGUGUGGAGGUCGGGCGGCUGCUCUCGCACCUGCACUCCAACGGCGCGUUCGCAGCCGGCGAAAAGGGCGAGAGCGCGCUGACAGCUGGCAUGCUGUCAUUGGCCGAGCAGCUCGAUGACCUGGCGCUGGAUGUGCCGCAGGCGCCGCGGUUCCUCGGCGAGUGGCUGGGCGGCUUCCUGGCAGCCGGGGCGGCAAAGUUUGACUUACUCAAGGAGGUGUGUGAGAAGUCAUAUGAUGGGGCUAGGAGGCGCGCAGUGGUAGUUGCUGCUCUGAAGGCGGCUGAGGGGAGUGAGGCGGGGAAGGCUGAGGGGGUGGUGGAGGUGUUGAUGAAAGCUGGGGCGAAGGAGUUGGGUAAGGUGGUGGCUGAGGAGAGGCAGGAUGAGGCGGAGGCGAAGAGGCGGCUUGAAGAGGACCUGAAGAAGGCUGGACUGGCCCUGGAGGUGCUGGCGUUGUGAGCAGACGAAUCAAGUGGUUGGUGUGAUGAGGAGGGAGGGGGGAAGGGGAAGUGGAGGAGGAGGGUGAGGUGGUGGCAGAGGAGGGGCAGGACGAGGGGGAGGCGAAGAGGCGGCUGGAGGAGGAUUUGAAGAGAGCGGGGUUGGCUCAGGCCUGGAGGUGCUGGCCUUGUGAGCGUGGAGGGGAAGUUGGAUAGAUCGAAAGACGGGACAUGGGAGAUGGGAGCUUUUGGCGAAAAAUGAACUGGGCGGCAUUGAGAAGGACAGGUUGCUGGUAGUGCCCUUCACCUUGCACUCUUGGUUGCCCUUAUGGAUGUUGCCAUUUCCUCUCGGCUUGUCUGCUUCUGUGCUCAGGGGUCCAGAGCACUGGUUGGUCUACUUGUUCUCUGUCUUGGCUAUACGUGUUAGGUAGAUCCUGUUUCGAGGGCGAAACAUGGUGGCUGGCAGGAUUGUUACUUCUGUUCUGGUACUGGUAGUUUUCAUCUUCCUGGUAUAAUGAUUUGAUCUGAAUAUGGAGGCACUCUUGUUGAUCCAUCUCUCCGUGGUAGAAUCACGCCGCGGGUGGUUUAUGCGGGGGAGAGCUUAUGAUAGGGUGAAUCUAGGAGAGCACCCGCUUUUCGGGGGUUGCAUUUUACAUACCGUAACACCCUCCUCGUUUUAUGCAGCAAAGAACAAUAUUUCGUAGUUUUUCAAGCUCAGAUCGAUUGAGAAAAAUAACGAACAGGAUGAAAA